AUGAUCGAGAAAAAUAAUGUGAGUGGAAAAUUCUCGCAGAAAAGAUUUUAAGAAUUUUAUUUCAGAAAACAUUAGAAAUUGUCAAAAAUCAAUGUGUAUCAAUGGAUGUACUGAGAAAAAUGUUGGAAAAACAGAUCAAAAAGUAAUAUCGUUUUUUUAUAAAAAAAAACUUUAAAAAAACUAUAUAUUUUUUGCAGCAACAUAUCAUUGUUAAAAGAGGGUGAAGUUGUCGUGAAUUCUGUAAAUGAUCAGAAAACUGAGUUUGUUGAGGAUUUUAAAAGUUUUCUGAAAAAUCGGAGAGAAAUCAAAGAGACGGCGGAUAGCGAAUUAGAUGCGAAAAUCAAUGAAUUUUUGAAAAUGUAUGAGGAAUUGCUGAAAAAAUGGUUGGAUAUUGAUGAGAAAAUGAAAGAGGGACAAGAGAUUGUGAGUUUUCCAAUUUGAAAAAAAUCAGGAUUUUUGAACUUCAAAAUGGCAGAUGACAUUAGUAAAACUGAACAUGGAAGAAAAAACACUCUUUCAGAAUUAAAAAUUAAGAAUUUUAGAAUUACUGUAGAUUCUCGCUCCUAAUCAUUAUAUAGAACUCUCUGGUUUUUUGUCCAAGAAACUGGGGUUACUGUGGGGUUUUUUUUGCAAAUAAUUUAAUAAUUUUUCAACCUGAAAUGGUUCAAUAUAAUUGCAGACUCUCCAUCAAAGUUCUAUCACUUGUGAUUGCAAUCUAAACAUUUUUUAGGCGAGUGAACACGAUCAAUUGAUGAGUGAAAUGGAAAUAUGUGAGGCAAAAUAUGAUGAAUUUCGUGUGAAAUUGGCAAAAUCUCUGACUCGUCGUGUCCCUCCACUAUUUCCUUCAAAAGCUGAGAAUCCUCAAAUCAUCAACAAAAACCAGAAAAUCUACAAGCCUCUUGAAAUCGAAAUAACCACAUGUAUUUCGCGUGUCAAACGUGAUUUAACUGGGCUUAGAACCAAUUGGAACACUCGUCAAUUUGUCAAUCUUUAUACGGAAAAAUUGAUUGAUCAAGGAUGUUUGGUUUGUGAAAUGUUGCUCGAUGAAUUUCCGCAACGUGGAUUGGGAGCCUAUUUGGAUACAUUAAAAUAA